AUGAAUUUAACUGAUCAAUCAAAUGAAACAGAUCAAUUAGAUUUACUUUAUGAUCGUUAUACAAAAAAUGUUUUAAAUUUUAUUUAUCAUGUGAAUAUUAUUGUACAAUUAACAAAAUUACUUGGUUCAUUAUUUUUACCAUUAAUUAAUCAUGGGAAAAAAGAUCAAUUAGAAUUAAAUUCUGAUAAAAUUCAUGCUGUAUUUCUUCAAGCAUUUAUUUUGUCAUUUGGUGUUUGUCUUAAACAAGAAAAAUGGAAUGAUCUUAUUCCAAAAUAUGAACAUAAUCGAUCAAAACGAUCUACUGAAUUACUUGUUCUAACUAUUGAUACAAUUCGAUUAGUUGCAAAUAGUUUAUCAUGUGCAAGAACUAAAUCAAUAUCGAUUGUUUUAAAUGUUUCAUCUCCUUAUUUUACUCAACAAUUACUUGGUAAUUUAAAAAAAUCAACGUUUUUUCCUUUAUUAUAUGAUGCUAGUAAUAAAGGAAAUACAAAAGUAUUUCCAAUUUGUGUUCAAUUUUUGUCUAGUACAGGUGUUAAAAUAGGUAUUGUCGACUUAAUUGAUGCUGUUGAUGAACCAACAAUAGAAAUUUUUGCAAAUGCACGUCAAUUAUUUAUGGAUAAUGGAUUAGAUAUUUAUGGAUUAACAGCAUUAGGAGUUGAUAAUACAAACGUUAAUAUUGGUAACAAUCACUCGGUUUAUUCAUUAUUUAAAGAUGAAUUACCUAAUGUUUUAAAAGGCAACUGUUAUAGUCAUAUAUUACCAAAUUCCGUGAAAUAUGCUCAUAAUGAACUACUAAUAGACGGUGAAAAAGUAUUAAUUUCGUUAUGUUAUCAUUAUUUACGUUCUGCAAAACGUGUAGAUGAAUUAAAACAGUAUUAUGGUUUUUACGAACAAGAUUUCAAAGUAAUCUUGAAACAUACAAAACUGCGGUGGCUGAGCUUAUAUCUAUCAAUUGAACGUUUAGUUGAAGUAUUUGCUCUCGUAAAAAUAUAUUUCUUGGAAUAA